UUACAAGCGUGAGCUACUGUGCCUGGCCUGUUACUGAUUUCUUAUUUCACUCCAUUAUGGCUAAAGAACCUAGAUUGUAUGAUUUCCCAUCUUUUGUAUGUAUUGAGAGUUAUGUUAUUGCAUACCAUAUUUUCUGUCCCAGAGUGUUGAAGAAUAUCUAUCCUGCUCUUGUUGGGUGGAGUGUUGUAUAAAUGCCUGUUGGGUCUGAUUGGUUUGUAGUGUUGUAUAGAUGCCUGUUGGGUCUGAUUGGUUUGUAGUGUUGUACAGAAGCCUGUUAGGUCUGAUUGGUUUGUUGUCUGAUUGUUUACAUCUUCUCUUCCCUUGUUGAUCUUCUGCCUAGUUAUAUUGAUAUUGAAUGUGAGGUAUUGAAUCCUUCAGUUUUGUCAGCUUUUGUUUCAUAAAUUUUGAAGCUCUGUUAAGUGCAUCUGUGUUUCUAUUUCUUUCUGAUGAACAGACCCUUUUAUCAUUAUGACAUGUCCUUCUUUGUCUCUAGUGAAAAAAAUGUUGUCUUUAAGUCCCAUUUGUAUGUUAUUAGUAUAGCCACUCAGGUCUUUUUUGAUUAUUGUUUGCAUGGUAUCUUUUUUCACCCUUUAACUUACAUUGUAUCUCUGAAUCUAAAGUGUGUUUCUUGUAAACAGCAUAUAGUGGGAUCGUGUUUCUCAUCUGUGCUGCUGGUCUCUGCUGUGAAUCUAAAGUGUGUUUCUUGUAGACAACAUAUAGUAGGAUCGUGUUUUUCAUCUGUCCUGCUGGUCUCUGCUGUUUGAGAGGGAUGUUUAAUCCAUUUACAUUCAGUGUGAUUACUGAGAAAGUUGGAUUUGUAUCUGCCAUUUCUAACUUUGUUUUCUAUAUUGUCUUUUUUGUCUUUUUUCCUUUAUUUCUCCAUUACUUUUUUGUGUUAAAUGGACAUUUAAUUCUCUUGUAACAUUGUAAUUUCCUUGUCUAUUUUACUGGGUUUUUUUAAAAGUAAUUUUCUUAGCAGCUGCUCUGAGUAUUACAGUAACAACGUAAAACCAAUCAAGUGUUCAGAUGAACUUAAUAAUGUACAAAAACCUUCACUUCCAGUAGCUUUGUUUCCUCUCAGCUUCUUAGUGCUGUAUUUGUCAUAUAAAUGCUACCUUUUAGAUUGUAAGUCUGUCCACAGUCUCGUAAUUAUUGCUUUAUGCAGUUGUCUUUUAAAUCACGUAGAAGAAGAAAAGAUGUACAAACAGAAAUGAGUAUCUGCUGUCUCUGUUGCUGGCUUUGCAGUUGUCUUUUUUGGUGUUCUUUGUGUGGAUUUGAGUGUGGUGUCUUGGACUUCAGCCUCAAGUAUUUCUUGUAGGACAGAUCUUCUAGCAAUGAAUUCUCUUUGUUUUUGUUUAUCUGAGAAUGUUGUAAUUUCUCCUUCUCUUCUGAAGAAUAAUUGUGCUGGAUAUGGCUGACUUGGUUGGCCCUCUUUUUCUUUCGGUCCUCUAUAGAUGUCAUUCCACCGCCUCUGGCCUCUGUAGUUUCCGUGGCGGGAGCACCACACCGUGUCUCAGUCUCUUUAGCUUCUGACUGUUUGACUGUGGUGUGCCUAAUUGUGGAUCUUUCAGUGUGUCCUACCUGCAGUUCUUUGAGCUUCUUGGAUAUAGAGAUUAAUAUUUUUUGUAGUCUGAUUGUUUACGUCUUCUCUUCCCUUAUUGAUCUUCUGCCUAGUUAUAUUGAUACUGAAUGUGGGGUAUUGAAUCUUUCAGUUUUGUCAGCUUCCUGUUCAGCCAGUGACUGGACAGAGAACCCCUUUAAGUGCUUUGCACCGGUAACUCUCACAGUUCUGCCGACACACAGUUCAUGGAUGGUGUGUGUGCCUUCAGCGCCCCAUCGCGGUUCCGCCGACAUGCAGUUCAUGUGUGGUCAGCGCUCCAGCAGGCAGCUGCCAACUGUGCCUUUGCCUUCACUUCUUACUUGCACACAGCCGCAAAGCCAGCCGGAGGUGAGGGCCAGGGCAGCUCAGGUUCCUCUCGGGCGCACACACAGCUCUGUGCCUGUGUGGGCACAGCCUUCCGUGCCUCCAGGAGUGUGGCAUAGCUUCUUGGCGGCCACUGUGGGCGUCUCGUUCCUCAGAUCUUCCUUUCAUAGUUAUGUAGUUGAAUUAUCAAUCUUUCUUGGCUUCUAAGUUUUGUGUUCUAGUUAGAAUGCUCUUCUCCACUCAAAGAUUAUAUUUGAAAUGUUACCCAUGUUUUCUUCUAGUACCUUUAUGGGUUUCAUUUUCAUAUUGAAAUCAUUGAUCUACUUCUAGUUUUUGAUACAAAAUGCAUGCCAGGAAACCCAGUUUUUAAAUUUCAAGUAGCUGUCCAGAUGUCCCUGCACCUCUUAUGCAUGAGCCCUCGCUUUGUGCCGAUUUGGAAUGCCCGCCUGCUCACACGUGCCCAUGUGGAGUGCCCGCCUGCUCACACACGUGCCCAUGUGGAGUGCCCGCCUGCUCACACGUGCCCAUGUGGAGUGCCCGCCUGCUCGCACGUGCCCAUGUGGAGUGCCCGCCUGCUCACGUGCCGAUGUGGAGUGCCCGCCUGCUCACACGUGCCCAUGUGGAGUGCCCGCCUGCUCACGUGCCCAUGUGGAGUGCCCGCCUGCUCACAUGUGCCCAUGUGGAGUGCCCGCCUGCUCACGUGCCAUGUGGAGUGCCCGCCUGCUCACGUGCCAUGUGGAGUGCCCGCCUGCUCACGUGCCCAUGUGGAGUGCCCGCCUGCUCACACGUGCCCAUGUGGAGUGCCCGCCUGCUCACACGUGCCCAUGUGGAGUGCCCGCCUGCUCACACGUGCCCAUGUGGAGUGCCCGCCUGCUCACGUGCCCAUGUGGAGUGCCCGCCUGCUCAGUGCCCAUGUGGAGUGCCCGCCUUCCACGUGCCCAUGUGGAGUGCCCGCCUGCUCAGCCAUGUGGAGUGCCCGCCUGCUCACACGCGCCCAUGUGGAGUGCCCGCCUGCUCACCGCCCAUGUGGAGUGCCCGCCUGCUCACACGCGCCCAUGUGGAGUGCCCGCCUGCUCACACGCCCAUGUGGAGUGCCCGCCUGCUCACACGCCCAUGUGGAGUGCCCGCCUGCUCACACGCGCCCAUGUGGAGUGCCCGCCUGCUCACACGCCCAUGUGGAGUGCCCGCCUGCUCACACGCGCCCAUGUGGAGUGCCCGCCUGCUCACACGCGCCCAUGUGGAGUGCCCGCCUGCUCAACGCGCCCAUGUGGAGUGCCCGCCUGCUCACACGUGCCGAUGUGGAGUGCCCGCCUGCUCGCACGCCCCAUGUGGAGUGCCCGCCUGCUCGCACGCGCCCAUGUGGAGUGCCCGCCUGCUCGCACGCGCCCAUGUGGAGUGCCCGCCUGCUCGCACGCGCCCAUGUGGAGUGCCCGCCUGCUCACACGCCCAUGUGGAGUGCCCGCCUGCUCACACGCGCCCAUGUGGAGUGCCCGCCUGCUCACGCCCAUGUGGAGUGCCCGCCUGCUCACACAAAGCCCUGGCAUGGUGGCUCUGUAGGUUUCCUGUCCUGCCAGCCGAGUCAGAUGCUGUUACUGUACAUUCUACUCAUGGUGGCUUUUUAAUACGUUUUUAUGUCAAGGACCCCUUUUAUAUUUCUCUCCACCUCGAGAUAAAGUGGGAAUAUUAGGGAUGAGAUGGAAGAGGAGAGGGUGUUUUUGUAAAAUUGAAUUCAGGACUGAUUUGUUAGCCUGGUGCUUUUUGUAUCAGACCUUGUAAUGAAUUUUCAUGAAUGCUGAUUAAAAGACAAACCUGUGA